ACCCCCCUCGCCUGAGCCGCCUCCGCCCGCCGGCCACCAUGCUGCCGCCGGCCGCCCGCCUCGCGGCCCGCCGCCUCGUGGGGCUCGCAUCCUCCUCCGCCUCAGAGGCCGCGGCGCGCCGCCUCUCCCCGUCUCCGAUCUCCUACGCCGCCGCGGGUUGCUCCUCCAGGCUGUUCUCCACGGCGCUUAACUACCACAUCAAUUCGCCGGAAAACAACCCCGACAUGCCGUGGGAGUUCACGGAGGCCAACAUGAAGAAGGUUAAUGAGAUAUUGUCUCACUAUCCAAGCAACUACAAGCAGUCUGGUAUUAUUCCGAUGCUUGAUCUUGCCCAGCAGCAGCAUGGUGGAUGGGUGCCUGUUGCAGCAAUGAAUGCUAUUGCUAAAAUCGUUGGAGUUGCUCCAAUCAGAGUAUAUGAAGUUGCUACAUUUUACACAAUGUUUAACCGGACUAAGGUGGGUAAAUAUCACCUUUUGGUGUGUGGAACCACACCUUGCAUGAUUCGUGGUUCACGGGAAAUUGAAGAAGCCUUGUUAGAUCAUCUUGGAGUUAAACGGAAUGAGGUGACCAGCGAUGGUUUAUUUUCUGUUGGAGAAAUGGAAUGCAUGGGUUGCUGUGUGAAUGCUCCCAUGAUUGCUGUGGCCGACUAUUCUAAAGGUUCAGAAGGUUACACAUACAACUAUUAUGAGGACCUGACUCCUAAACGAGUUGUUGAGAUUGUUGAGAUGCUGAGAAGAGGAGAAACCCCUCCUCGUGGCACACAAAACCCAGAGCGGAAAAACUGUGGUCCUGCUGGAGGGAACACCACCUUGCACAGUGAGCCGAAGCCUCCACCAUGCAGGGAUUUAGAUGCUUGCUAGGUUUGCUUUGAAUUACAAGCACACAAAUAAGUUGGGUCACACUACGUGGUGUGGAAACUGCAACAAAGCAAGGAGACGCGUUGUUUGUAUUCUGAUCCUGUUUCGUUUAACGAUGGUUACCUCUGCCAGCAUCUUUUUUCGCUCUUUUUGCACCAUCACAGAAAUGGUACAUUGAUAAUAACAGUACGUUAUUUUGUCAGGUGACAAGAGGCGGCAGUGGUAAAAAGAUUUGUAUUCGAUUUUCGGCAAAGAUAAACAUCUGGACAUUCACUUAUUUGGCA